AAUAUUUGCGCUAGAGAAAUUCCUCAACAAUAUUUCUAAGUCGAUAAUAAACCUUUCCGAUUUUGACAUACGGCCAGCAAUUUUGACGAGAGGGGAGAAGUCGAAUACAUCAACCCUAGUGCCUUGCUGGAACUUUUUUUAAAUAAUCGACGUCGAAAGUUUGAAUGGCAAAGUCGACCUUGGCGGCAUUUCAGCUCAGCACGUUAAGAAGUGGAAGAAAUGUCACAAAACAUUUUGGUCCGGCGCGAAUAAUAACAGUUUCUUUAUGGAAGGGUACAAACAACAUUAUCAACUUUUAAUUGGAUCAAAUCAUGCUCGAAGAAAAGGCUGCAGAGGAUUACAUCAAGGAAGUCGGCGUUGACGAUAAAAAUGCUUACAGCAGAAAUUUUACCGCGCACCAGAAAGGAAUCAGCCGAGAAGAGAUGACAAAGUCGUAUAGUGAUUGGAUAAUGAAUGGCAAAUAUGAAGAAGAUUUGGGUCCCAACCGAUACAGAGGUCCAAUAUAUGCAAGUCAGGCCUUAGCAAAUUUAUAUGAGGAGAAUGUAAGACCGUCUACACGAGUUCUUGACGUUGCGGCUGGCAGUGGCUUCCUUGGAGAAAAGUUGGCAUCACUUAAUUUCAAGAACAUCGAUGCACUCGACCCGUCAGCUGCCAUGCUGGAGAAGGCCAAAGUAAAAGGAGUUUAUACAAACUUCUACUGCAAAUACUUUGAUAAAGAUAUCGAUAUUCCAAACGACUCAUACGAUGCAUUAGUCAUUUGUGGAGGAAUGGGAGAAGGCCAUAUACCAGCAGAUGCAGUUCCUAAAAUGAUCGAUCUGGUGAAAAAAGGUGGUCACGUAGUCAUUGUGAUGAGAAAGGAGUACCUCACUUAUGUAUUAGACUACAAAGACAAACUACUGCCCCUAUUCCACCGCCUUGAAGAAGAGAAGAAAUGGAAAAUGAUAUCUGAUAAAGAAGUUUCCAAUUACUCAUUUAAUAAAACAGGAAUUGUGUUCAUAUUUUCAGUUCUUUAGAACUUUAAAAGAAUUUUCUAAACAAAGUUAAACGUAUGUGUUGGCAUUGUAUUUACACACAUAUAUUUAUAUGACAUAUCAUAUAUCAUAUUUUGGGACUUUAAAUUAAAGUUUUCUUUUAUUUUUUUAUAUUUUAUUAUGAAUUUACACGGUAUGGAACUAUUUUUUUAAAGAAUUCAUUCAUUAACAAUAUAUUUAAUAACCCGGUUGAACAUGAAUCGCAUUUACCUUUGUUUUCUUCAGCUGAGUCACUGUGUUCUCAGAAUUAACACUUUAGCUCUGGUUUGAGGAUGAAUGACAAAAAAUUUUUCAUGGGAAUAUUUUCUACUACAUCAACUACAUGUAAUUUCCUCAUUCCGAACACCUACAUCAGUUUGUAACAUCAUGGAGAUCAGGCAUAAUGCAUGGGUAUUGCACUGUACUCACUGAUAAAGUCAUAAUAAGUUACUUUAACCACGGGGCUUUAGAUUAUUCUUGAAUGUAAAUUCUAGCAUUUUCUUUCCAGAAAGCAAAAUUCUAGAAAUUUUCUGUUGUGUAUACUCUUGAAAUAACUGAAAAAGAUGGUUAGCCCUAUAUCCACCAAUAUUUUAAAAAUCUAAAAAUAUAUUGAAAUUGAGUGUUUACGAAACUAUAUUUUCUGUAAGAGAUUAUAUAUAUAUAUGUAUGUAUGUUCUCUAUUUUUUGGGGGUUAAUAAUAAAGAUUUGUGUAAAUCUUU